AAGAGGGAGAGAGAUAAUGAGGAGAUAAGAGAGAGAGAGAGAGAGGGAGAGAGAGAGAGGGAGGGAGAGAGAGAGAGAGGGGAGAGAGAGAGGGAGAGAGAGAGAGAGAGAGAGAGAGAGAGAGAGAGAGAGAGAGAGAGGGAGAGAGAGGGAAAGAGGGAGAGAGAGAGAGAGAGAGGGAGAGAGAGGGAGAGAGAGGGAGAGGGAGAGAGAGAGAGGUUUUAUCCUGAAAAGUUUCUGUUUCAAAGUCACCAGGAGGGAAACGAAAGGUUAGAAAAUUCAUCCAGAUCGACUUUUUAAUAUUUUAAUGACCUCAGAUCCAGUAAAUCGAGUAACUUGAAGUGAUGGAAGAUCAGUUCUUUUGACUGAAUCUUUAGAAUCAUUAAAAAGAUUCGUUCACUGAAUCAGUCAGUUCUUUGGAGCCCCGUCCUGUCGCUGCAGUAAAACCAGUGAGUGACACAGCGGCGAGUUCGUUCAUUAGCCCCUCCCCUCCCCUCUGGGUGACUCGUGUCGUUUAUUCGCCACGUCCUGAAGGAAGAAUCACUGAAAAACUCACCUCUCUGUGUGUCUCCACGGUUCCGAGCGGUCCGAGUGUCUCAGGUCUGAAUGUGAUUCUUGUCGCUCUGACUUUAGUUUGUGUAACUCUGAGUUGAUACUGACAUUAUGACAGUAUUAGACUUCAGUCUUCAUCCACGACCCGGACCCUCACACUGGGACACACCUGUCUGGAUUCCUGGAAACACUCAAACACAAACCAGCGUUUUUAUUUUGAUGAAGAAUCAAACUUCAUCUCCCCUCAGACUUGAAUCUGUCUGUAAUCUCAGGUGUGUGAGACGGCGCAGGUGUGGAAAUAUUCCUCUGCAAAGAUCAGGGCUGAGUCAGGGUUCAGCUGCAGUCUGCUCCCCGACACGUUCAGCUCCUUCAGAACCAUCAUCCCUCCUCCUUCGCUCGCCGCGCUCCUUUGUGUGAGAUUAAACUGAACGAACAAGCAGAGUUCAACACAUUACCCACAAUCAUUCAGCCGUCCUGCGGCCCAUAAUCCAGUUCAGCUCCGACGGCGAGGUUAAUGAGAUGUCACCGAAAACCUUUUCACAGCGACUCUCCUCCUCCUCCUCCUCCUCCUCCUCCUCCUCCUCUGAGGAGCUUUGACAAAGAUUAGGAGCGCUUUAAACAGGUGUCCUUUUUAUUAGAUGAACACGCCGACGAUAAUCUCUCUUUACACAGCUGUGAAUCCUCUUAACGGGCCGAUCCGACAUUUUUCACGACUUUUAUUUAUAUCCUGGAAACAGAAGACGAACCUGAACACGUUUCUGCGUGAUCAUCAGAGUCGCGGCGUCUCAGGAUUCGUGCGUUUGGAUUCGACCGUAGGCACAAGUCUAAGGUCAUGAGGCGUGGCGGUGGACCCGCCGUGAGCCCGUGAGCAAGGCAUCGAGAUGAUGGACGAGACUUGGAGUGUCCUCUGUGAUUGGUCGGUCACAGUCUCUGCGUGGACUUCAUCAGCAGUAGAGCUUCAGUGGGUAACAGUCUCUAGUGGACACUCCGGGAACUGCAGCUUUUUCAGCUCCAUUUUGGCUGCAGAAUUUUACAAAAACAUUUUUAAAAAAUCCCAAAUAUUUUAAAAAAUGUCAAACUAAAGUUUUACAGAUUAAAUGAAAAUAAAAUCAGAUAAAAAUAAAAAGUUUUCAAAGACAUUUCCUGAACAGAGCGUCACACAGAAACAAAAAACGGACCACAACCAUUCCAAACAGAACUUUUCACACUUUCAGAGAGUCCGGGAAACUUUUAAAGGUUUAUGAAGUUCUGGAGAACUUUGUUGGUCCUGGUCUUCCCUGUGAUUGGACCGAGCUGAUUACAGUAAACCAGAGGAGGUUCUAGUUUCAGGGGCACAUUUCCUGACCCGGGUCUGGUUCUGUGGUUCUGUGGAGUAUCUUCUAGUUCUGAUCUGGGAAUAUAAAUCGGACCUCAUUGGUUCUGGUUCCUCCUCGUCUGAGUACAACCGCUCAUCACUGCCAACCUCAUCACUGAAGCGCCGCCGCUUCUCAUUAGCAUGGCGUUCAUUAGCGGCUAACACCGGCCGCCAUGAAUCUGAGGGUCAGCCGCCAUUAACAGGUCCAUCCUGUGAGCUGUGUGUGGUUCAGGAGGUGAUCAGUGACAGUGUGUGUGUGUGUGUGUGUGUGUGUGUGUGUGUGUGUGUGUGAUCAGUGAGUCAUUAAGAGUCACAGGAAGGAAAAUGUCUGUGGAGAGGAAGGAGGAAGGAGACAAACGGAGAGAUUUAGCGAUGAGAUGGAGGGAAGCACAGGGGAGGAACUCUGUGUGUGUGUGUGUGUGUGUGUGUGUGUGUGUGUGUGUGUGUGUUGGAUCUUUCGAUGAGCUCGUUCAGGUGAUGACAGUCAGACUGUGUUAACAGUGUUUUCUGUUUUUACCGACGGCGGGUAAAUCACUUGUUUUCUGUAAAAAUCAUUGAACUUAUUGAUCUGGUUCCUGCUGAACGGGGUCAACCUUCGUUCUAAAAGUUUUUUUUUUGUCCAGAAGAAACACUGAACAGAUUCACGGACAGAAAUAAAUGUGGAUAUAGUUUUAAAAACCAGGGUCAGAAAGACUGUAACUGGUCAAAAACUGUCCUCUCUGAGGUCCUCUGAUAGGAUUCAGCUGUUAGACGUCAAAGUAAGGAAACCUCCGUAUGAGCAGACAGAGCCAAUCGCCUUCGUUUAGGUUUUCCAAAGACUUCCCUCCUUUGACCAGAGGAGGCGCUAAGACGGCGGUCUCUCAAAGCAGUUUUAAAAACAUGAAUGAACCACAUGUGGGUAAAAUGAGUUAAAAUACCUUCAAGUAAAAAUCUGUUUAUUUUCUGUUUCUAAGUAAACAAACAAAGUCCUCGCUCAGCGCCGUCAGAGACCAGGUCCUCUGUUGGUGAUAUAAGUAAGAAACCUGUGUGUGUGUGUGUGCGACCUGAACUGACCUUGUUUUCAGUGUUUAUCCUGCCACUUUCUUCAGGUCCUCAGUGAUAACACACUCAGCCUGAGGGGACAGAAGCUCAACAAGACUGCAGUGACCCACACACACACACACACACACACACACACACACACACACACACACACACACACACACACACACACACACACACACACACACACACACACACACACACACACACACACACACACACACACACACACUCACACACACACACACACACACUCACACUCACACACACACACACACACACACACACACACACACACACACACAGUGCUGACAAGUCGACCUGCCCCACUGCCAAGUCUAAUUAGCAGCAGCAGCAUCAGGAGGCCGUCGUUUUGGUCAAAAUUAAUUUACCAACAAACUUUUUAAUCAAAUUUCUGCUCGGCUCCUGAAGAUGGAGGCGAGGACGGAGCGGCUCGGCCCCUGAGGACGGAGCGGCUCGGCCCCUAAGGACAGGGUGGCUCGGCUCCUGAGGACGGAGCGGCUCGGCUCCUGAGGACGGAGCAGCUCGACCCCUGAGGACGGAGCGGCUCGGCCCCUGAGGACGGAGCGGCUCGACCCCUGAGGACAGAGCGGCUCGGCCCCCGAGGACGGAGCGGCUCGGCCCCUGAGGACGGAGCGGCUCGACCCCUGAGGACAGAGCGGCUCGGCCCCCGAGGACGGAGCGGCUCGGCCCCUGAGGACAGAGCGGCUCGACCCCUGAGGACGGAGCGGCUCGGCUCCUGAGGACGGAGCGGCUCGACCCCUGAGGACGGAGCGGCUCGACCCCUGAGGACGGAGCGGCUCGGCCCCUGAGGACGGAGCGGCUCGACCCCUGAGGACGGCCCCUGAGGACAGAGCGGCUCGGCCCCCGAGGACGGAGCGGCUCGACCCCCGAGGACGGAGCGGCUCGACCCCGAGGACGGAGCGGCUCGGCCCCCGAGGACGGAGCGGCUCGACCCCUGAGGACGGGGUGGCCCGGUCUCCUCAGACUCAGAGUCGUGGUUCAGUAGCGGUAUGGAGGGCGGGGUUUUCUCGAGGAAAAAUGACCCUUCAGCACAGCUUAGAGUUUGACCGAGGCCCAAAUCUCCGAGUCCGUCUGCUGAGGAACGUCUCUAAGAUCUCAGACCUUCAUGGUCAGUUUUCCUGAUGAAGAAGAGCGUCCUCUUCAUCACUCUUAGUCCUGACGUCACAGUGAAGACGAUCAGUUCCGGUCUGAGAUGGAGAAGAUCUCCUCAGUUUGAUGUUUGACUGUCUGAUCUGAACACCUCGGAUAACUGCAGUGAGGUCAGAGGUCAGAGGUCAGAGGUCAGUUUACAGUCUUUACAUUUCCUCUGUUCAGGUUCAGAGACGUGUUUUUGACGGACACGAGGACACGGGUUCCAUUUGGGACUCUAGAAGAACCUUCUGAGGCGACGAGGACCUUUGUUGAAGUUCUGUUUUUAUUCUCAGCCAUGACACAUGAGCAGAGGAUCAUGGGAACGCAGCAGCAGCUCUACCAUGAGACCCUCCUCUCAGGAGGUUUUUGUGGACUUCAGGGUCUGAUGUCUCAGACGGGUUGAACUGGACUCUGUUGGUUCUGACUGAAGCGGAUCUUUCUCUCCGAUCGUAGAAACAGUAAAUAAUGAACUCCGUCUUCUCCGUCCAAACCGCCGUCUCUCCUCGCUGUUCUCCAUCAAUCUUCGCUCUGAGAGUCGGGGCAGAAACGGACCGGCUCCUCACCUCGGAAACCUUUUGAUUACCCGUUUCCCUCCGACGCCACGUGAGCCCAGGACUGCCAACCUCAUGAGCGACACGCCAUUAAGGAAUUUCUAAGGAGUGGUCUGCGGGGCUGCGCUCUGCCCUCUCUCCGUCUCUCGCCGUCUCUCUCCGUCUCUGUGAUUAAUUUCCAAACUAACUUGUUUAUCGUCCUCUCAGCCCGAGUGGUCGGCAGAAUAGAUCCUUUUCCUCGCCACUCGGCUGACUUCACUUUGACUUUGAAAACGGCGGGGAAUUAUUCAUCGGCUGUCUCCGUCCUCCACUUUACAUUUCCUGGGAGCAGAGCGGCGCUAUCUCAGCCUCGCCGCUCUCUUUAUUUCCUCUUUCACUCAUUUUACACUUCAAGCUGUCUUGACCUUUCUCAAAGGAGCAGAUGAGGAGGCCGCCGCCGCCGCCUCCUCCGCCGAGAGGAGCGUUUACUCCUAAAGAUGGGUCCGAGCCGCUCGUCUCUCUGGGAUGUCACAGAGACGGACUCAGAGGACACUCAGGGUUGGGGGUGAGAGUCCACUCCACCCGAUUAUGACGGAGGAACAGAGAGAGAAACACGAAGAACAGAAGGAAACACGUCCGACACGCUCGCAGGAAAACACGGCGAUCAGGAGAAACCGGGGCUGUGAGUGAAGGUCAAAGGUCAAAGGUCAAAGGACGAACGUCUUAUAAACGUACGAACUAAAACACGUCCGUAAAUGAGCGAAGUAGUGAUGCACCGAUCUGAUGUUUGGAUCUGAUAUCUGAAGAAUGGCGCCGAUCCAGCGCUCCGAUCCAGCGCUCCGAUCCAGCGCUCCGAUCCAGCGCUCCGAUCCAGCGCUCCGAUCCAGCGCUCCGAUCCCGCCUCUUUUUCUUCUUCUUUAGUUCAUAUCAAACACAGACACACGGCGGUUCUGCUGACGGUCCUUCUGCACUAAAUCAGGGCGACACCAUCGUGUGCGAGAUCGUCACAUGACAGAGUCUGCGAUGAGGUGAACGAACUCGUCUCAUCUCAGCUGACUGACAUACGCUCCAUGUGCAGCGAUCCACCAAUCACGUUUGUUCUUUACUCAGAUAUCAGCCGUCAAUCAGAAUCAGAGCGGAGGAAACCACGCCCCUGCCCAUGGAGCGAGUCGCUGCUGCUGUCGGUGUGGCGCCGACAGACGCGUGUCCGCUGAGAAUGACUUCGUCUAAUCAGAACUGUUCGGGUUUAACUCGUACGUUUCUGUGCUCCACUCGACUGUUAGCGUUUCUGCGAGGUGGACGCAAUCCUCGGCACGACACCGGUAACCACGACAACGACUGAAAAACGAGAAACGAAACAGAGAAAACCACCGAAGAUGAAGACUUGGUGACGAAAAGAAAAUCAACGUCAGUUAUCGAGAAUUAUCUCGGUUCUAAGAAGGAUGACGUCGACUAAAACACGUGUUCUGUGUUCAUCUGUUUCCACGGUAACGUCCAGAACAAUAACAACUAAAACUGUCUCAGAGACAGAAGACAGUCGACUAACAUUCACCAAAGAGAUUAAAGAUUAGAUUAACGAGACUGAAGUCGAUCCUGAAGCCGUCACUCUCAGCUCAUCAAUAAAACUGCAGUAUUGGAUCGGUAUCAGAUAUCGGUACCGGAUUGGACUGGAAAAAUGGAUCGGUGCGUCUCUAAUACAAACUAAAGUCAAUCCUGUGAAACAUUUAGAGGUUUAGAGUCGCUGCAGGUCUGGACUGUCCAGUUCCAGGUCUUCAGAGGACCGUGUGCCGCUCUGGACAGCGCCGUGUUGACUUCCUGUCUGGACUGGAUCUGUGAAACCUGGACCAGACGGUCUCUCACACAGUCAUCCGGUCUCUCGGGGUCAAAGCGACAGUAAACUGUGUCAUCCAUCUGAAACCCCCUCAUCGACCCGCGGCCUGAACCGCGCUGCCUAAUUACUAUUAUUAAUUGGAAAUUGGAAAUCAAUAACUCUGAAUUAAACACAAGCCUGUGUGCGUCUGUAAGUGGGUCAACGGCCCGCUAAUAACUCAGCUGAGCGGGACAGGAGGAGAAUCACUCACACACGGGUCAGCCGAGUGGAAAUACAGAAACUGAACCGUAGAACUGAAACAAAGACGGGUCUGAAGAGGAUCUGGGAACAUGGAUCAGACCUGAGGAGACCCAAACCUGUGGAGACCCAAACCUGGUCUCCUCUGUAAACACGGUGUGUGAUCGUCUGUUCAUUCAGUCCCAUCAAAGUUUGACUUCAUCUGUUUUUAUUCACGUCUUACAAACUAAGAGUUCCUGAAGGACGAUGACGGGAGGACGUCUGAGGAGCAUCUCAGAGUUUAAUAUCAAACAUUCAGCGAGAGAGAGAGAGAGAGAGUGAGAGAGAGAGAGAGAGAGAGAGGGAGAGAGAGAGAGAGAGAGAGAGAGAGAGAGAGAGAGAGAGAGAGAGAGAGAGAGAGAGAGAGAGAGAGAGAGAGAGAGAGAGAGAGAGAGAGAGAGAGAGAGAGAGAGAGAGAGAGAGAGAGAGAGAGAGAGAGAGAGGGAGAGAGAGAGAGAAAGAGAGAGAGAGAGAGAGAGAGAGAGACGGUUUAAUGAAACAGAGUUUGAAGAGAAGAAGACGACUGUGAAGGACUGAUGAACCGUUCAUCGAUAAAACCUUCAGAACUGCUCAAAUUACUACUAAAGUACUUCAGUCUUUACUAAUUACUACAGUAGUUUAUUAAUUAAUCUAUCAAACCUUCAUAACUUCAGUCUUUACUAAAUUACUACAGUCGUUUAUAAUCUGGACUGACUGCAGACGUCUUCCUCUCAUCAUUUUUAAUAUUUAUACUGUGUUUAAAAAAAUAUACCUCAUGUACAAAAAAACUAACCUCUGAUAUAACAACACACACACACACACACACACACACACACACACACACACACACACACACACACACACACACGUGUAUAGCCCGGUCUCUUAUCUCUCCUCACGUUCUCAUCAGUCUUUAUAUAAAAGUGUCCAAUAAAAGCUCCUUCUGGAAUUUUUGUACUUGGCCAAUAUAGCUGGUUCUGGUUCUGGUUCUGGUUCUGGUUCUGGUUCCUAUAGAGUCAAAGCUGCAGCAGAGGUGAACACAGAGCCUCCAUCAUUAUUAUUAUUAUAAUUAUGAUUAUUAUGUUGAAUCAGACUUAUUUCAGCUCCUCAGACUUUAGAUCCUGAACUCUAAACUCUGAAGUCGUCUCAGUUUUGAGAAAUGAAACAUAUUGACAGUAUUUUGUAAAAGAGGAAAUUUAAACUCUGUGAAAACAUUAAAGAUGUCAGAGUAAUAAUAAUAAUAAUAAUUAUUAUUAUUUAUUUAUAAUUAUUAUUAAGAGUUUCUGCUCGUUCACCGUGACAGUGGAGAGUUUCUCUCAUCUGUACUUUCAGGUGUUUCAGGCUCAGCUUCAGUGAACAGCUGACUCCUGAGCGCCGCCGCCGCCAUCACAGACUUUUAUCACUUAGAUUUUGGAGGUGAAAGUGGCUUACAACAGGAAAUCACUCGCCCCCGCUGCCGCCGCCGCUGCUUUUCUAAAGUAUUGUUUACUGGUUUGUCAGGGGGGCAGAGCGUCUGUCUGAUGAAAAUAGUUUGUAGUCCUGCAGGCCGUGGGGUCCUGAAUAAAGCGCCGGCGAUCCUCCGGCUGCAGAGGGAAGUAGAAAUGAUCCGUCUUCAUGACUGUUUUUCAGAGGCGGAGCUCAAUGAGCCUGUUCCACUUAAACUCCCGUCUGUGUUUGAGUUUCAUCACUGCGAGUGUUUCUGAAAAACUCUUUUCCACCUCAGCCGUAAAAUAAUGAGCCGACCGAACGGCGUUUCCAGGAGCUGCUGCGGCGGCGGCGGCGGCGGCACAGGAGCCGCUCAGCUCCGAGUUAAAGAAGGAGCAGCAAUUUGUUUGGAAUAAAUAUAAGAGUCAGUUUUUAAUAAUAGAUGUUAUUGAGUUUGUGCCUGUAGUAAACACACACACACACACACACACACACACACACACACACACACACACACACACACGCAGUGACGGCUUAUCACAGACACCAGGAAAAGAGGAGGAAGAUUUCUGCUCCUCCACACGCCGCCGACCGCCACCGAGAGGAAUAAUGAGUGCAUGAGGCUGUGGGCUGUGCACGAGAGUGCACGAGUGUAUGUAAGUGUGUGUGUGUGUGUGCACGAGUGUAUGCCAGUGUGUGAGAGUGUGCAUGAGUGUAAAUGUGAGUAUGAACGUGUUCUCUUCGAUUCGAUCAUAUCAGAUUAGAUAAAUUUGGAUUAGAUUAGAUUAAAUCAGAUUAGAUUAGAUUACAUCAGAUUAGACUAGAUCAGAUCAGAUUAGAUUACAUCAGAUUAGAUUAGAUUAGAUUGAAUUACAAACCGUCAGUCUGGUCUCUGAUGAUCCUGUUUGCUGUUUGGAUUCAUAAAAAGGUGUUUAUAUUUCAGUCUAAUUUAUACCUGUUAAAAAACUCCCUAUAGGAGCUUUAAUGAGGUUCUGCAGAGAGGACGUCCUCACAGGUUAGACUACAGUUGUGAUGGUCUCUGUGGUUCUGUGUCAGGUCUACUCUCCAAAGUUCAGUCAGUUUUACUUUUAGACUUUCUCCACUCAUGAUCAGCAUCUCAGGCCGAAGUUUACGUUUAUAUGGAGUCCUCAGGCUCAGAUUUAGUCCAGAGAGAAGAUUCGACCACAAAAAGGAGAAGAAGUGAAUAAAUGUGGAGCUCAGCGAUUCAGGAUGAUGUUCGUCUGACUGAGGAGGUUCUGAGUUAUAAGGUUUGGUUUCAGUCUUUGUGAUAAACCAACACUGACCUGCUGCAGGUGGAUUUAGUCUCAGGACUAACUCUAGUCUCAGGACUAACUCUAGUCCCAGUCCUGCUCUGUGUGUCGGCCUCUUAUUUAGACUCUAAUAAACAGAAUCAAACCCCCUGAAGCUCAGAGUCCAGCCUCCCUGACCAGGACCUGAAACAGACUCUUUGGAUCAGAACCAUCCACCCUCAGACAGCUGCUGUGAUUUUAUCCACUCAGCACUUUCCCUCCUCGCUCCAUCAGCCGCUCCAUCAGGUCCUCAGGAGAAGGUUUCCUCUCAUCAUGUAAAACUCAGAUCCACACAGACGCGUCUCUUUCACUGCUGCUGUAGUUUGAUUGGCUCAGACUAAAUCAUUAUAACCUUGGGCUUCACCCCGUGUCUCUAUUGAUCACUGAAAUUUAGCAGGUUUGAUCGAUGAGACUCUCUCAUCUUUCAGAAGUUAGUGAGCAGCGGUGGAGAGGGAUGAAUAAACGUAUAAACACAUAAAUAUAGACAAAUAUAUAUAAACAUCAGAGUAAAACAUGUUUAUUAAAAUUAUUAUAUUUAAUCACAUUUAAACACAUAAAUCAAAUAUGACAAAUUGAUCAUAGUUCAUAAUUCUCAUAUCCAUCAUAUUAUCAAAUUAUUCACAGAUUUUAUUUAUUGAUUAUAUUUCAUCACAUUUUAUUACAUCAAUAAUGUUUACAGUAUUUAUCAUAUUCAUCUUCUCUAUCAUAUUUGAUUAUUUAUCAUAUUGAUCAUAUUGAUGAUAUUUCGUCACAUUGAUCAUAUUUCAUCACAUUGAUCAUAUUGAUCAUAUUUCAUCACAUUGAUCAUAUUGAUGAUAUUUCGUCACAUUGAUCAUAUUGAUCAUAUUUCGUCACAUUGAUCAUAUUUCGUCACAUUGAUCAUAUUGAUCAUAUUUCGUCACAUUGAUCACAUUGAUGAUAUUUCAUUACAUUGAUCAUAUUGAUGAUAUUUCAUCACAUUGAUCAUAUUGAUGAUAUUUCAUUACAUUGAUCAUAUUGAUGAUAUUUCGUCACAUUGAUCGUAUUGAUCAUCCUGGUGUCCUCCUCUCAGAUGGAGGUCUUCUCUCUCUCUCUCUCCCUGAAGCUCUGACGGUCUAAACUCCGGUCACAGCUGUACUUUUGUGUUCAUAUUCAGAUCAGGAACAUUUUCUCUUCAGUUCCUGUUUGUCGGAGUUUUUCUCGGGGACAGACCCUCUACUUAAACCAAAGCCAUCAAAUCUCCUUUUCUUCUGUCCGAACUCUCCCUGAAAUUCAACAGCGGAGGUAAAAUUUGACCACUUUACUGGAAAAUAGGAGCGGGUCUUUCCUCCGGAGUUUCUGUGUGAGAAAUAAAGGAGAGAGAAAAGUGAACAUUUGGUCUGACAGACGACACCGACAGGAGGAAACUGAAAAUAAAUCACCAUCCCGCUCUCUGCUCUCCUGGAAAAUGUCGUAAAACUCCGAAAAAGUCCUCCAGUCCUCCUUUAGCAUACAGCAGCAGAUCCUUCAAGACCUGAGAGUUCCCAGAUGGGCCCUCCAUGGAUCAGACUUGGUUCCACAGAUGCUGGAUCAGACUAAGACCUGGAGACAGAGCGACCAGCGUGAACUUCUGACCACCUUCUCCUGAUGCUCAUGGAGAACAGGCUCCAUCUGAAGUUUCCAAACAUCUCCAAACGUAGAAAUGUUACCUUCAUCUGUUUGAGGAGCUCUUCUUCUUCUUCUUCUUCUUCUUCUUCUUCUUCUUAUCAUGGGUCUGAGAAACCAGACGAUUCUGAAGUGCUCAAACCUGCAGUACCCCAAACGUCCACCAGAGGCUGUCAGACUCUGUUCACUCUAAAUAAAUACAGAGGUCUAGCGCCGGGUUCAGGUCUCUCUCUGAACUGGAUUUCCUUACAUCAGUUUUAACGUCUCAUGGUUGUGAGCUCGGCAGACCCAGAGGUACAGCGGGAACCGUGACUCCGCCCCCUUAGUCUCUUACGGUUGAGUUCGGUUGAGUCGAAAUUUCCAUGAUGGCGACGGCUGUAAAAGACUUCGAACCGCGACACAGAGAUGACAUCCAUGUUUGGGGUCAGGAUUAGGGUUCACGUUCGUUAGGCGAUUAGGGUUAGGUCUAGGAUUAGAGUCAGGCUUAAGUUAAGGGUUAGGAUCUAUGGGUUUUAGGCGGGUUAGGGUCUGGAUUAGGUUAAGGGUCAGGAUUAGGUUUAGGGUCAGGAUUAGGUUUAGGGUCAGGUUUAGGUUUAGGUUCGGGUUUAGGGUCAGGAUUAGGUUUAUGUUCAGGUUUAGGGUCAGGAUUAGGUUUAGGGUCAGGUUUAGGGUCAGGAUUAGGUUUAGGGUCAGGUUUAGGGUCAGGAUUAGGUUUAGGUUUAGGGUCAGGUUUAGUGUCAGGAUUAGGUUUAGGGUCAGGCUUAGGGUCAGGUUUAGGGUUAGGAUUAGGUUUAGGUUUAGGGUCAGGUUUAGGGUUAGGAUUAGGUUUAAAGUCAGGAUUAGGUUUAGGGUCAGGAUUAGGUUCAGGUUUAGGGUCAGGAUUAGGUUUAUGUUCAGGUUUAGGGUCAGGAUUAGGUUUAGGUUUAGGGUCAGGAUUAGUUUUAGGUUUAGGGUCAGGUUGAGGGUCAGGUUUAGGUUUAGGGUCAGGUUUAGGGUUAGGUUUAGGGUCAGGUUUAGGGUUAGGAUUAGGUUUAGGGUCAGGAUUACGUUUAGGGUCAGGGUCAGGUUUAGGGUUAGGAUUAGGUUUAGGGUCAGGUUUAGGUUCAGGAUUAGGUUCAGGUUUAGGUUUAGGGUCAGGUUUAGGUUUAGGGUCAGGGUCAGGUUUAGGGUUAGGAUUAGGUUUAGGGUCAGGUUUAGGGUCAGGAUUAGGUUCAGGUUCAGGUUUAGGGUCAGGUUUAGGUUUAGGGUCAGGUUUAGGGUUAGGUUUAGGGUCAGGUUUAGGGUUAGGAUUAGGUUUAGGGUCAGGUUUAGGAUCAGGUUUAGGGUUAGGAUUAGGAUUAGGUUUAGGGUCAGGAUUAGGUUUAGGGUCAGGAUUAGGUUUAGGGUUAGGUUUAGGGUCAGGUUUAGGUUUAGGGUCAGGAUUAGGUUCAGGUUUAGGGUCAGGUUUAGGUUGAGGGUCAGAGUCUCUGGUUUGUUCGUGGGCCUCAUCAGUGUUUUUCUGAAGGGACUCUGGAUUUGAUUAUUUAAACCUUCGCUGCACAGAAACAGACUUUAUUACCGAUGAGCUGGUUUGUUCUGUUUUUGUUCUGGAUCUGUGAGGACGGGUCAGAAACAGCUGAUCUGGUUUUCUUAUUAACAGGAAGUGAGUCCAGCAUGGACAGACCUGGACCCGGUCCUUAAAGGAGUUUAUUAUUCAGCUCUUAAUUUAGUGCAGAAAGUUCUGCUUAGUGCCGGAGAGCUGCUCUUGAUCAAAGUCAUUAGUCACUUGAUUUGGACUCUUAGCUGCUGAAUAAUUGAGGCUGCAGGAGGAUAAAGGAUUGGACGACGCCGGCUCACUAGUUAGGAGGGAUAAGAACUCCCCUCAUCGAGAGAGAGAGAGGGGGAGAGAGGGAGGAAGAGGAGAGGAGGGAGAGGAGAGGAGAUUAGAGGAAGAUUGAGAGGGAGAGUCUGAUUUAUGCUCUGUCCACUCCAGUGCUGAUGAAACAUUUAACACUAUAAUAUCUACAAAAACACCUCCCAUCUCUGAAGAAGAGCUCCUCGUUUCACCCCUCUCCCCUCUAGCUCCUCGCUCAGACCCUCUCAGGGUUUUCCCGGGAAAAGAGCCGCUCAUUCAGAGCUCCGGACUCUCCGCCUGCUUCGCCAUGUGAGCGUUUAUCAACCCGAUAAUAACCCUCUGAGUGAUCCUCUCUGGGAGCGUGUGAUAAACAAGACGAUGUUCUUUCUUUGUGCGCUUGUUUUCAUCUUCAGCUUCUGAUUUAUGGCAGCAGUUCAUCGGCUUACAGAGCUGUGAUCGAUUUUCUGGAAACACACGCUGAGAGUCUGAGAGCGCAUAAAAAGAAAAGGAGACGUCCAAAAGUGACGUAUGAUCCCGCAGACAGAGACGGCUGGUGUUCAGUCAUGAGACGGACUUCAGGCUUGUGUGUUAUCUCUUUAUGCAGACGACUUUAUCAUCUCCACUUCAGCAAAGUGGGCGUGACACGAGGAUAACGCAGAGAAAUCUUUGUGAUGGAAACCGUCUCCUGAAAAUCCACCCUUCAGGAUUCUGGUCUGGCGGUCUCGUGGUGGUUCUCCAAAGGACUGUUCCUCAGAGGAAAGUCUGCUUUUCAGUGGGGGGGCCCAAAGGGGGCGUUCAUUUACAGAUACAAUACUCUUGGUUACAGCGGUUUGUUUCCAGCCGCCAUCUUCCUCUGCUGGUCAUCGCCGCCCUCUGCAGCUGUCCUUUUAUUAGUUUUAUGUACGCGGGUGUAAAUCCACUGAGCUCAGCUUUAAUCGCUCCAGAGUGGGGGGGUCCGCUCCUCUUUCCUACAUUAACAACACAAACUGCAGAGUGACAGAGUUCAGAGUCUGAACACAGGAGUCUGUUUUUACUGAUGUGGAGAUAUUAAGGAGUGAGCGGAGAGGAGGAGGAGGAGGAGAGGAGGAGGUGAAGAGUUCAUGAUAAACUCUCUUUAGGUGUGAGGAGAUCAGACUGAAGAGCAGGUUUGACCUUCAUUCCUGCAGCUCUUCACGUUUCUGUGGAGGUCUUCUUAUUUUAGCCGAGGGGCCACCGUUAAACAUCAUCCUGGGCGGGGCAGUCGUGGUUUUUUAACCCCAAAAUAAAAAAGAUGUCCUUUUCAUGAUUUCAUCUUUUUAAACUCAUAGAAACAGAGUUUCUGUUCAUGCUGUCUGUUUUUGACACGCUGCUCUGUCAGGUUCCUGAAACACUUCAGGAAGAGUUCAGUGGGAAAAAGACAAAGAGACAAAAAUAAAGACAGAGAGACAGUUUUUAACCCGAACCCUGAGACAGAGCAGAGUCAAGACUAAAUUGAUUUAAAAGUGUUUUUACAUAAAGAUCUUCCCUCUCAGAGUAAAACAACAUCAGGAGCAGGACUUUCUCUGGAGCUGCAGGAGGAUUUCUCUUUUCUCUGAGUAUCAGAUGAACCUGAAGAAAACCUCGUCCUGAACUUUGUGGGUUUAAAGUGAUAAAUCAGAGUCUAAAUCAGGUUUCUGUUGGUAUGAAGAGAUCAGAGAACAGCUGAGCUGGUAAACAACGACUUCAUGAGAUCAGAACUUUUUCAUCCUGUCAGUGUGACGAGUGAUCAGAUCUGUCCCCGUCAGAGGAGGAGACGACGCUGUCCUGUCCUCAUCUGUCCUCAUCUGUCCUCACCUGUCCCCUCUCUCUCUCUCUCUCUCUCUGGUUUUUUCAUCUCUUGGUUGACCUGCUUCACGUUCAGACCUCCAUGAGUCCUCCACAGUCUUGUCCCGUGAAGCGGAUCUGGAUUCCUCAUGUGGUCCUCUUGUCCCCCCUGCAGGUUGUGACACGGACUUCUGGGGGCCCCACUGCAGUAACCGCUGUCAGUGCAGGAACGGGGCCAAAUGUAACCCCAUCACGGGGGCCUGCGUCUGCACAGACGGGUACCAGGGCUGGCGCUGUGAGGAACCAUGUGACCCCGGCUUCUACGGGAAGGACUGCCUCCUGGAGUGUCAGUGCCUCAACGGCGCCACCUGCCACCAUCAGACCGGAGAGUGUCUGUGUGCGCCCGGAUACACGGGAGCUUUGUGAGUGGAUGAUGUUUGUCCUGUGAUCGUGAAAACGCGUUCAGGAUAUUUCAGUUUAAGUAAAAAAAAUCAACUUUAAACUUUGGAAAUAACGACAAACGUUUCGCUCAGUGUUCAAAUUCAUCCGUCUGAUCUUAUAAUUCAGGUGGAAAUAAUGAACAUUUGCGUCUCGAGGUUAUUGGAAAGUUUGGUUCUGAUGAAGUAAAAGUGAAUUAAAUCCAGAUUAGAGCUGCAGCAGAAAACAAAUCAUUUCCAGGUUGUAUUUUCUCUCCGUUUCAUUUUGCUCAAAGCCGUUACACGCCGUUCCAAAUGCUGUCGAGGUCUUACUCGAUUCAAAGAUCCUGACAUCUGAGAUAUCAGAGCCUUUUUCUCCUGCAGCUGUGAGGAACCCUGUCCUCCUGGGAAACAUGGUUCCCUGUGUGAGCAGCGCUGUCCCUGUCAGAACGGAGGAACCUGCCAUCACGUCAGCGGAGCGUGCUCCUGUCCUGCAGGCUGGAUGGUGAGAUCUUCUGUCAGGAGAAGAAGAGUUUUCAUUGAGGACGUCACUGCUGUGAGGUGGACGAUUCUAACCUCUGACUUUCUUCUUCAGGGUCCGGUCUGCGCUCAGCCGUGUCCGUUUGGAUCAUUCGGUAUCAACUGCUCUCAGGAGUGUACGUGUCGUAACGGCGGCCUGUGUGACCACAUCAGCGGUCAGUGUCAGUGCAUGGCGGGAUACAUCGGAGAGAGGUACGUGUCUGAGCGUCAGCUGAUGGAUCUUCUUACUGUUUAGAGACGUGGAGCUCCUCUGAGUUCCUUCAUGGAGAAACGAGAGAUGCUAACGUUGGUCCUCCUGCCAACAGAGUCAGACAAAGUUUGAGUUUGUUUAGUUUAGUUUAGUUCAGUUUAGUUUAGUUUAAUUUAGUUUAGUUUAGUUUAGUUUAGUUUGGUUUAGGUUAGUUUAGUUAAGUUUAGUUAAGUUUGGUUUAGUUUAGGUUAGUUUAGUUUAGUUUGAGUUUGUUUAGUUUAGUUUAGUUUAGUUUAGUUUAGUUUAGUUUAGUUUGAGUUAGUUUGGUUAAGUUUAGUUUAGUUUGAGUUAGUUUGGUUUAGUUUAGUUUAGUUUAGUUUAGUUUAGUUUGAGUUAGUUUGGUUAAGUUUAGUUUAGUUUAGUUUAGUUUAGUUUAGUUUGAGUUAGUUUAGUUUAGUUUAGUUUAGUUUAGUUUAGUUUAGUUUGAGUUAGUUUAGUUUAGUUUAGUUUAGUUUAGUUUAGUUUAGUUUAGUUUGAGUUAGUUUAAUUUAGUUUAGUUUGAGUUAGUUUAGUUUAGUUUAGUUUAGUUUAGUUUAGUUUAGUUUAGUUUGAGUUAGUUUAGUUUAGUUUAGUUUAGUUUAAUUUAGUUUAGUUUAGUUUAGUUUAGUUUAGGUUAGUUUGAGUUAGUUUAGUUUAGUUUAGUUUAGUUUAGUUUAGUUUAGUUAAGUUUAGUUUAGUUUAGUUUAGUUUAGUCACGUUACGUUAUGUUACGUUUAGUUUAGUUUGGGUUAGUUUGAGUUAGUUUAGUUACAUUUAGUUUAGUUACGUUUAGUUUGGUCACGUUAAGUAACGUUACGUUAUGUUACGUUUAGUUUGACUCAGAUUCAUUUUGGAAGAAGAUCAAGUCCUCUAGAAUCACCAAAGACCAGGACCAUAGACUGUAUCUAGAACAGACGUCGUCUGCCUCCUCCUCUCUCUGAGAACAGCGCCCUCUGGUGACGGGCUGCAGUAUAGGUCAUAAACCCCGCCUCCUUAUGGAGCUGUGGACAAACUUUAUAAAUGAAUGACACAGAAUAUAAAUGUUUCUCCCCCCUGGUUGUGAUGUUGACAUGUAGUUACUGUCAGACUGGUUUGUGCUCAAGUCCUCUUUUUUCUGUACAGCUCCAUUUUUAAAAGUUAUUAGGGGGUUCAUGUUUUCUAUGAUUGACACCUGAUACAGCCAAUGGGAGGACAGAGAUUGAGUAGAUCACCGGGGGAUACGCUGUUUGAGCCGAGCGUCAUCACAGCCACUCACGGCGACUGCGCGGCCGAAUGCGCGCAUCGCUACUACGCAGCUCUGGUUUCAGGAAAUAAAGAAAAAUCCCGGAAAUAUCGAGAACUUUUUGGCUUCAAACCCGUAAACAGGCGGGAGGCGGAGCCAGUUUGUCUAGAGUAUCUACAGUCUAUGACCAGGACAGAAACCUUCUCCACCACCUCAGCUGGUCAGCUCAGCCUCUCGUCCAUUACCUCUCUCUCUCUCUCUCUCUCUCUCUCUCUCUCUCUGUCUCUGUCUCUCUCUCUCUCUCUCUCUCUCUCUCUCUCUCUCUCUGUCUUUCUACCCCCCCCCCCCCCCCCCCCCCAUCCUUCCUCUUUAAUGAGCCA